AUGGUAUCAGAUAAUGCGACUAUUUUUCACAGUGACAUAUUCAAAACCUUCUGUCUGAACAAUGGCAUUUUGCAAAAGUUUAUAGCGCCAGGUCAUCCUGCAACUAACGGGUUGGCCGAACGUUAUAUACAAACCUUGAAAUCAAAACUGAAGUGUAUGACCGAACCAGGUUCUAUACAACACAAGGUCCGCGAAAUAUUAUUCAGAUACAGAGCCACUCCUCUCCAGAAUGGCAAAACUCCAGCCGAAUUGUAUUUGAAUAGAAACAUUAGGUGCCAGCUCGACGUCUUCAAGCCUCCUUCUUUAAAAAUCCAAAAACGAGUACAAUUCGACCUGCCACCAUCACGACAAUUCAAAAUUGGGGACAAGGUACUAGCAAGAUGGUAUUCGAACAACAAGAAUACUUGGAAAUUUGGUUCGAUCAUCCAAAAAUUCGGACAUCUCCACUACCAAGUUGAACUUAAUAAUGGUUACCGGCUCAAACGACACACGAACCAGUUGAGAAAAGCCAACUUCGAUAUAUACCCCAACCGUCAGCUACCCUUGCAACCACCACAAAUUACUUCAGAUUCGGAAUCACCUGAAAUCAACCACCACUACGAAAAACUGGCGUCCAUGCUCCUACCAGCCAAUCCUGGAUCGGAUGUUAUUCCUGAUGUCGAAGCUGAACCUUCAGAAGUUGGACAAUCUCCAACAGUGGAAUCCGUCCGGCGAUCUACUCGACCUCGCCGUCCUCCAGAACGUUUUAGAGACUAUGUCAUGUGA